GCUUCCUCGCGUCAACUACUAUUUGACCGCAUCCUGGCAGAUGUUCCCUGCAGUGGUGAUGGAACCAUGCGCAAGAAUCCGGAUCUCUGGCUCCGGUGGACACCAAAUUUGGCAAUCGGAGAACACUUUCUGCAGGCGAGAAUAUUGCGCCGUGGCCUCGAGCUCUUGAAGGACCCUGAUUCGGAGAAUGCUCUUCCCGAAGAGAGCCCCGGCUAUUCUCGUCUGAUCUACUCGACAUGCAGCCUAAACCCGAUAGAAGACGAGGCAGUCGUUGCCAGUGUAUUAGUUCAGUGUCAGGGCGCGGUGCAGCUUGUUGAACAUCCUCUCUUUACCACCGAUGAGACAGAUGGCCAGGCCAGUGAUACACGAUCAUCGAGUGGGGUAAACGAGAAGCGAUUCAAGGCGCGAAAGGGCCUGACCACCUGGCGAGUAAUGACAAAAGAUGGUACUUGGUACGAGUCUUUUGAUGCUGUGCCGACCAAGUAUGAAUAA